UAGUACAUCAGCCAAUAAUUUUUAUUUUUCAAUUCCCAAAACACCCCUCCCUCUUUGUCACUCCUUCAAAUGAAUCCCAAGUUCCAUGUUCUCCUUCUCUCUCUCUCUCUCUCUCUCUCGUCUCUACCAUUUCUGUUAACACUUAACAGAGCUCACACAUACAAGGACGCACACAAGAGCCUUCUUCUUCGUCUUCAUGGAGCUUCACAAGCGCCACGUCCACAGCCUCUCCGAGAGGAAGGGCCAGAAGCGCAAGCUCGAUGACCAGCUCCAUGCCAACCGCCAGAUCUCGCCGCCACCGCCAACGGCCGACGAGCGCGCCGCCAUCCUCUGCCAAGCCUCUGACCAGGUCCGCGUCCUUGACUCCACCUUCACGUGGAACGAAGCCGAUCGAGCUGCCGCUAAGCGCGCCACUCACACGCUCGCCGAUCUCGCCAAGAACGAGGAAGUUGCUAACGUGAUUGUCGAAGGAGGCGCUAUUCGAGCUCUGGUUAGGCACCUUCAGGCGCCACCUAUCGGCGACGACGACCGUGUGCAGAAGCCGUUGCCGUUUGAGCAUGAGGUUGAGAAAGGGAGCGCUUUCGCACUAGGACUACUUGCCGUCAAGCCAGAACAUCAACAGCUCAUUGUUGACAGUGGUGCCUUGAUUCAUCUUGUUGAUCUUUUAAAGAGGCAUAAGAAUGGUUUAACUUCUCGUGCCAUUAAUAGUCUCAUUCGUAGGGCUGCAGAUGCCAUCACUAAUCUUGCUCACGAGAACAGCAGCAUUAAAACUCGUGUCAGGAUGGAAGGUGGAAUUCCACCACUUGUUCAUUUGCUUGAAUUUGCAGAUCCAAAAGUACAAAGAGCAGCUGCUAGUGCACUGCGAACCCUGGCUUUCAAAAAUGAUGAAAAUAAAAAUCAGAUCGUUGAAUGCAAUGCUCUUCCAAAUCUAAUUCUAAUGCUUCGCUCUGAAGAUGCAGCUAUUCAUUAUGAAGCGGUUGGUGUGAUUGGAAAUCUGGUUCACUCUUCCCCUAAUAUAAAGAAAGAAGUUCUUCUUGCUGGAGCUUUACAACCGGUUAUUGGAUUACUUAGCUCGUGCUGCUCUGAAAGCCAGAGGGAAGCAGCCUUGUUACUUGGACAGUUUGCAGCAACUGAUUCAGAUUGUAAGGUUCACAUUGUACAGAGAGGUGCUGUCCAGCCAUUGAUAGAGAUGCUUCAAUCUCCAGAUGUACAACUCCAAGAAAUGUCUGCCUUUGCGUUGGGGAGAUUAGCCCAGGACACACAUAACCAAGCUGGCCUUGCACAUAAUGGUGGCUUGGUGCCAUUGCUGAAUCUUCUUGAUUCAAAAAAUGGGUCUUUGCAACAUAAUGCUGCUUUUGCUCUUUAUGGCCUUGCAGAUAAUGAGGAUAAUGUGUCCGAUUUUAUUAGGGUUGGUGGAGUUCAGAGGUUGCAGGAAGGAGAGUUUAUCGUUCAAGCAACUAAAGAUUGUGUUGCAAAGACAUUGAAAAGAUUAGAAGAGAAGAUUCGUGGCCGUGUGCUGAAGCAUUUACUGUAUCUUAGAGGGAUUUUUAUCGAACACCAUGGUCUCGAGUUGCUUAUUGGGCUUCUUGGCUCAUCUGGCUCUAAGCAGCAACUUGAUGGUGCUGUUGCUUUAUGCAAGUUGGCCAACAAAGCCUCAACUUUGUCUCCCGUGGAUGCUGCCCCCCUUUCUCCAACACCACAGGUAUAUUUAGGGGAGAAGUUUGUAAACAAUGCCACGUUGUCAGAUGUUACAUUUUUGGUUGAAGGCAAACGGUUUUAUGCUCACAGAAUAUGUCUACUAGCGUCUUCAGAUGCAUUUCGUGCAAUGUUUGAUGGUGGUUAUAGGGAGAAGGAUGCAAAGGAUAUUGAGAUUCCAAAUAUUAGAUGGGAAAUUUUUGAGCUGAUGAUGAGAUUUAUAUAUACUGGAUCAACUGAAAUCACUCUGGAUAUAGCUCAAGACCUUCUCCGAGCAGCUGAUCAAUAUCUAUUAGAAGGACUUAAGAGGCUCUGUGAAUACACAAUUGCAAAGGAUAUAUCACUGGAGAACGUGUCAAGUAUGUAUGAACUUUCAGAAGCAUUUAGUGCAAUAUCAUUGAGGCACUCGUGCAUCCUUUUUAUAUUGGAGCAAUUUGAUAAAUUGAGUGCAAGGCCUGGGCACUCUCUUCUGAUUCAGCGUAUAAUACCAGAGAUUCGUAAUUACUUCAUUAAAGUUCUUAUGAAGACCAACUCCCGUAACAUUCGACUGUAACUUGCAGUCAUCCAUUCUUGACUUCUAACCAAUUGUGAUGUACAGAAUGUUGUAGAUGUUCCUCUUUGUUGAAGCUGGGAAGGGGGGCCUCCCAUCUGGUAUAGUCGUAUAGUGGUAUACACAGCUUGGGUAGAUGAGAUAAUCCCAUUCCUGAGCUCUUCAUUUUUUCUUCAGUUGUGUAAGCCCCUUCCUGCCUGUAACUUCACUGUCAUAGAUUUAGCAAAUAUGACCUUCACGAACGUUGUUUUUUGUCUCGCAAUAUUGUGAUGGUUAUAUUCUCUGACUUCAAUUUCUCAAUUAAUUCUACAUCCAGGGAACUAAAAUUGUUGAUGAGUUAAUGAUAUAGAUGUAAUAAUAUUUUAGCCAAUGUAUAUGUAUAUAUUUGAGUAUA